GUAAAAAUUGUUUAUUCCCAUGUGGUGAAAAAUGGACGCGCAUUUAAGUCUGCGAGGUUUUUAAAAUGUUUUCCUUUAUCAAUCGGAUGUGUUAGACAUUGAGAUAAAGAAGGAUUGUGUUAAAGCGUUGUGUGAAAAUGACAGAUAUGCCUCCUUAUCUCGCGGUAAACGAUGAGGAGGAUAAUGGUGAACCUGACAGUGAUUCCUCGGACUUCGAAGACGAUUUGCCCCUAAGUUUCAAUAAACCCAGGCAUUAUGAACCUAUCAAAGGGGAAGAGCGUGAGGAGUACUCUUGGAGAGUCAAGGAGAAGUACAAGACUCACUGUGUGGCAUUAGUGCUGUGCCUCAAUGUGGGUGUGGAUCCUCCAGAUGUCAUCAAAACACAGCCGUGUGCACGCAUUGAGUGCUGGAUUGAUCCUAACUCUCUAUCACCAACCAAAGCAUUGGAGAGCAUCGGCAAUGCUUUACAGACACAGUAUGAGCGGUGGCAGCCGCGCGCAAGAUACAAACAAUCCCUGGACCCCACCAUGGAUGAUAUCAAGAAGCUCUGCUGUUCGCUGCGUAGAAAUGCAAAGGAGGAACGAGUUUUAUUUCACUACAAUGGACAUGGCGUACCCAAGCCUACUUCUCAAGGAGAGAUAUGGGUUUUCAACAGGUCAUACACCCAAUACAUCCCACUGUCGAUGUACGAUUUACAAACGUGGAUGGGCGCGCCCUCGCUCUACGUCUACGACUGCUCCAACGCGGGCGUCAUAGUUGAGAACUUCAAACAGUUUGCCAUACAGCACGAGAGGGACUAUGAGAUGCAAUCAAGUUCAAAAGGUGCAGACGCCAACAGCACACCAGCGGUGUCAUAUAAAAACUGCAUCCAGCUAGCGGCGUGCGCGGCUGGACAGACUCUGCCCAUGUCCCCUGAGUUACCUGCAGAUCUGUUCACGGCGUGCUUAACUACUCCCGUUAAGAUGGCUAUCAAGUGGUUUGUGCUGAGGACCCGGCUGCGCGUCGCCAGGGCCGACCUCGUGGACCUUAUUGACAAGAUACCAGGCCAAGUUACUGACCGUCGCACGAUGCUGGGUGAGCUGAACUGGAUAUUCACUGCCAUCACAGACACCAUCGCCUGGAGCUCCCUGCCUACAGAGCUGUUCCAGCAGUUAUUCCGCGCCGACUUGCUCACGGCCAGUCUCUGCCGGAACUUCCUGCUGGCUGAUAGGAUUAUGAGAUCUUACAACUGCACGCCAGUAUCUUCCCCUGCCCUACCGUCUCUAGCGAGGCACCCGCUGUGGGCGGCGUGGGAGCACACUCUAGACCUGGCGUUGGCACAGUUACCAGCGUUACUGGACAGGCCACAUCACCACAACUACCACCAUUCACCCUUCUUCCGGGACCAGCUCACCGCCUUCCAACUUUGGCUUGACCUUGGCAACUGGUCCGUACAGCGUCCACCGCCGGAACAACUGCCAAUGGUGUUACAAGUGCUGCUCUCGACUUUGCACCGAGUCCGAGCGCUACAAAUCCUGUGUCGCUUCCUUUCGCUUGGAGCGUGGGCAGUUCGCGCAGUGUUGGCCGUGGGCAUCUUCCCAUACAUGCUUAAACUGCUGCAGGCUUCCGCUCCCGAUCUGCGCGCCUCGAUGGUUUAUAUUUGGGCAAAAAUUGUUGCUUUUGACCCGACGUGCCAAGUAGAUCUGGUGAAUGCGAAAGGCCACAAAUAUUUCCUAUCCAUACUUCAAGACCCUACAGUGGAUACUGAGCAUCGAACACUAGCUGCAUUUGUUUUGGCUGGAAUCGUAGACAAUUUCCCCGCGGGGCAAGAGGCAGCUUUACAGGGGUCAAUGAUAUCCGCGUGCCUGGAGAAGCUCCGCGAGUGGGCGGAGGCGGGAGGGGUGUGCGAGGAGGGCGGGGAGGCGGCGCUGCUGCAGUGGGCGUGCAUCGCGCUGGGGCGGCUGUGGCGCGGCUGGGACGAGGCGCGCUGGGUGGGCGUGCGGGACCGCGCGCACGAGAAGCUUGCUGCGCUGCUGUUGCACCGACGACCCGAGGUGCGUGCAGCUUGCACGUUCGCGCUGGCAACGUUCGUGGCCGCGGGCGCGCAGGCGGCCCAGAGGACCGACCACGCCAACGCGCUCGACCAACUCGUGGCCAAGAAGCUGGCUGAAAGACUGCACGUCGACGCGUCGCCACUGGUGCGCGCCGAGAUAUUGGCCGCACUCCAGUGGAUAGUCAUGAUGUUCGAGCAACAUUUUAUUGCUGUGUACAUACAAGAAAGAAUGAAAAGGAGUAAUAGGGACAGCGGGCACCCGGAGCGCGGGGGCCGCAUCGACCCGGCGCUGGAGGCGUACGCGGGCGCGGGCGCGACGCUGCCGCGCCCCGCGACGCAUUCGCACGCACAUUCACCCGCCAUCUCCCGCCCUGCCAUCGGUUUCGGAUCAGUAUUCUUGGACCUUUGGAACCCACUGUGUGCCAUGGCUCGGGAGCCCCAUCCUCAACUGGCUCAAAUGGCGGCCGAAAUCGUCGCCUACAUAUCCAACCAGGUGGACAGCGUGGGCCGGGAGGUGGAGAAACAUACGGGUUCUCACAGCAACUCGUUACCUCCGUCGCCUAACUCGCGCCCAAUGCUACACUCCCACGAUUCGCGCACACUGCCGCACAUGGGCCAUCGUCGCGGCAAGUCAGGACUACCGCACACAAUAUCGGAAGACUCCGUGGCGCACAGAGACCGCGACUCCAUUUCUUCUACUUCUAGUCAACCCCCAAAAAAGACAAUAGUGAGCACGGAGUUUGUGCAAUGGGCCACAUCUCAGUUCUCCCGCGGCGACGCGUGCGGCGAGGCCGGCCCCUUCAGCGCGACGGGCUUUGAGCCGCGGGGGGAGGACGGGGAGGCUACGGGGGAGAAAGGGGACUGUGAAAGCAGAGCGCAUCACGAGCGAGUGUGGAGGAGGGCGCGGAAUAGGACCAUACGGAGAGAGGCCAGAGCGUUGCGCGGAUCGAGGCCACCCCGGUUGGAAACCGUGGCGUUUCACUCGCGCUGUCCGCUGCCGCCGACCGUCGUGUUGUUUCAUCCCUAUGAGCAACACGCCGCUCUUGCUUCACGCGAGAACUUUGGUAUCUGGGACUGGGGUACGGCAGCAAAGCUAUGCGUGGGCGCGUGGCGUCGUUCGUGGGGCCGCAUAACCUCACUGGCCUACCUCAACGCGCAUCAUCACGCGCUAUUGGCCGUCGCUUCACAUCAGGGACAUCUCGCCAUAUACAGACCUUCAGGAAGCAGUUCGGAGCCCGCCCUGGUGUCCGCGUGGCGCGCGCUCGACGUGCGGCCCGCACCCGACUACCGCCCGCCCUCCGCACAACCUAUCUACAGUCUGGCGCAGCUGGUGUCAGAACAGUUCGCGCCGCCAGAAGAGCGUGGUUCUACGCGCUCUUUGCAUGACAGUACCAGCCCAGCUGGCGCCAGUAACCCGCCCCCCACUGGCACGCUGGUGCGCUGGAGCGCGCGGCGUCGCUCCCUCGCGCUCGCGGGACAGUCCGCCUCGGUGCGGCUGUGGGACGCGCAUGCGGAGUUGCUGCACGCUGAGAUACCCACCGGUUGUGAGGCAGCGGCCACGUCCCUAUGGCGCGGUGGAAGAUCGGCGCGAUUGGUGUGCGGGUUUGGUGACGGGUCAGUGCGCGCGUGGGACGAGCGUACCUGUCGACCAAUCACGACGCUGCAUCACCACUCUGCGCCCGUCCUGUGCGCCGCUCCGAGGGACGAUCUCUACACGCUCGUCACUGGAUGCACGGAGGGCGAGAUUCGAAUCUACGACACGCGCAAAUCGAGUCCAGUGGAGGUGGUGAAGGCCCCCGGACCUCUGGCUGCGCUCGACGUGCAUCCUCGCGCUGCGCUGCUCGCCUGUGGGUCUGUGAACCAGUGCAUCAGCAUCUACGACCUAAAAGGCGCACCGCUGAACACGAUCAAGUUUCACGAAGGUUUCAUGGGGGCUCGCAUAGGACCCGUUUCCUGUUUGGCCUUUCAUCCACUAAGAUGUGCGCUGGGCGUGGGAUCGAAGGACUCGACGGUUUCCGUGUACGUGUCGGAAGCGCGCCGGUGACCCUCGCUGUACGGGCUCGCCCUCUCGCUGCCCUUCCACCAGUGACAUACGGACACAGGUUGUACAUUGUACAAGUAGCCAAACGGAUCGAAGGCACCUCCCGUACGCCGCUCCUAACUGUUAACUA